GUUUUCGUUUUGAGAUGAAUCCGAAAUCGUCUGCUGCUGCUGCUCCCGACAAGAGCCCGUUCGAGUUUGUCAAGCAGCUGGACAUUUUCCCCAAAGUCGCCUCGACCUACAAGGAGACGUCCUCCAGCGGCGGCACAGUGACGCUGGUCUGCCUGGUGCUGAUCGUCUUCCUGGUCGGCGCAGAGCUCGGCGAGUACUUCAACCAGCAGGCCGCGUUCAGCUACGGCGUCGAUCCGGUCGUCGAUGGCUCGCUCAAGCUGACCUACGACAUUGUUGUUGCCAUGCCGUGCGACCUGCUUGGCGCUGACGUGCUGCAGGCGACGGGGACGAGCAAGCACGGGCACGACCACAGCCAUGACGAUGCAGCGCCAGUCAAGCCAGCGCCGCCGCCGUCGCCGCAGGAGCCGCGCAACCGGCUGUUCAACGUGAUGAGGCAGAGCAGGGACACGGGCGACGACGGGCGGGACGAUCACGGCCAUGACGAGAUGCGCAAGGAGCCUGUCGUGUUUGCACUCAGUGCAGCUCAGCGCGAGUGGCUCGCUGAGAAUCGCAAGCCGCUCACGCGCGAGCAUCUCUCGCUGUCGGGUACCACAAGAAAGGCAAAGAAAAACUUCCAAGCGAUGCCGCGGGAGCUCAGCUCGCAAGAAGGAACGCCAGACGCCUGCCGAUUGCACGGAUCGGUGUCGGCUGACAAGAUUGCUGGAAAUUUCCACAUCAUUGCGGGCGCCGCUGUGGAAGUUCCAGGAGGACAUGCACACAUGGGUCAGAUGAUCCCUCAGCAUGCCUUGAACUUUACCCACCGCAUUAAUCAUCUGUCUUUUGGCGAGGAGAUGCCUGGCAUGGAAUUUCCCUUGGACGGAGACGAGUGGAUUACUACUUCGCAUACAAUGGCCUAUCAGUACUUUAUUCAAGUCGUGCCGACAGUCUACACUCGACAUGCAAACGACCCCGAGCAGUUGCGGUCUGGCCAGUUUUCCGUCACGCGCCACGAAAGCCCAAAUUCCAACCGGUUACCCGGGCUGUUCUUCAAGUACGACACCUUUCCCAUUCUUGUUACCGUGCAGUAUUCGCCGUACUCGUUCUGGCAUUUGCUGAUCCGACUGUCGGGUAUCAUUGGCGGUGUGUUCGCGACGUCUGGCUUUAUUCACCAGGUGGUUCGUUUUGUGUUUGACAAGUACGUUUCGCGCAAGUUUGCAAGAAGCACCUCUACGGAUGCCGGCUUGUUGACUCCGACAGACUAGGGGAACAUCUGCGUGUUUUUGAGUUUUUGUUUGUCGAGUUUGCGUCGGUGUCUGAGAAUACACGUUCAAAGUCUUUCA